GCAGUUUUUUCCCAUGUGGAGUUACAAAUUGUGCAUUUGAGCCGGCCUGCUUCAGUUUAGUUUAACUCUCCAUAUUUAGUCUCGGACGUUGCAAAUUGUUCGCAAUUUAAAUUGCUAUCUUGACAAAUUGUACGUUUAACGUUUUACUCAACGCACAUAUCGUGGAAAUAAUUGGUCGCACUUGUCCCGCGUUUUUUUUGCUUUGACAGUUCGAACAGCCAACUAAAAUCGAAAUAGCAACACAGCUUUGGCAACGCGCAGCAGACAAAGGGGAACGGAAAAAAUACACGCACAAAACCUGCACAGCAAGCAUCGAAAGCUAAAACGAUUACGAAAAAUUUCCGCACAUCCCCGCCCGCCGCCCUCCAACAUCUCAACUACAUCGACAUCUAGACGAAAUUGAAAGUAAAAAAGAGCGCAAAAAUGACUGCGGACAUAACGAGGCAAUUGAUUGUUAUUUUGGAAAAGACCGUUUCACCAGAUAAAAAUGAACUGCUAUCGGCAAAGAAUUACCUGGAACAGGCGGCCGGCAGCAAUCUUCCCGAGUUCCUCAAGGCGCUGUCAAAAAUUCUGGUCGAAACGACAAACAGCGCAGUGGCGCGUAUGGCUGCCGGUCUGCAGCUCAAGAAUCAUUUGAUGAGCAAAGAUGAGAAGAUCAAUCAGCAAUAUCAGGAGCGCUGGCAUCAGUUCCCUGAGGAAACCCGCGAGCUUAUCAAAAAUAAUAUCCUUGCCGCCUUGGGCACAGAAAAUACGCGACCCUCAUGCGCCGCACAAUGUGUCGCCUAUGUGGCGGUUAUCGAGUUGCCCAUCAAUCGCUGGAGCAUUCUCAUACAAACGCUGGUCAACAAGGUCGUCAACGAGGGCUCCAGCGAAAUGCAUCGCGAGGCCGCACUGGAAGCCAUUGGCUACAUUUGCCAGGACAUACGCUAUGGUGUGUUGGAGAAUCAAUCCAAUCAGGUGCUCACGGCUAUUAUCCACGGCAUGCGGAAACAGGAGCCCAGCAAUCAUGUACGCUUGGCUGCUACGACAGCAUUGCACAAUUCUUUGGAGUUUACCAAAUCAAACUUCGAGCGUGACAUGGAACGCAACUUCAUAAUGGAGGUGGUGUGCGAGGCGACACAGUGCACGGACACACAGAUAUGUGUGGCCGCUCUGCAAUGCCUGGUGAAAAUCAUGUCGCUAUAUUACUCGUACAUGGAGCCCUACAUGGCCCAAGCCUUGUUUCCCAUUACACUGGAGGCAAUGAAGUCGGACAACGAUGCUGUCGCUCUACAGGGCAUUGAGUUCUGGUCGAAUGUCAACGAUGAAGAGAUUGAUCUGGCCAUCGAGAGUCAGGAGGCCACCGAUCAAGGGCGUGCUCCACAACGUGUAUCGAAACAUUAUUCACGAGGAGCUUUGCAGUAUUUGACGCCUGUGCUCGUGGAGAAGUUGACCAAGCAAGAUGAGUGCGACGACGAGGACACAUGGAGUCCGGCGAAGGCUUCCUCGGUUUGCCUAAUGCUGUUGGCUACUUGUUGCGAGGAUGACAUUGUGCCACAUGUCUUGCCAUUCAUCAAAGAGAACAUUGAGUCGCCCAAUUGGCGUUAUCGUGAUGCAGCCGUCAUGACCUUUGGCUCGGUGCUCAACGGGCUGGAGAUCAAUACACUGAAACCACUGGUUGAGCAGGCGAUGCCAACGCUCAUUCGUCUGAUGUACGAUUCCAGCGUCAUUGUGCGCGACACCACGGCCUGGACCUUUGGACGCAUUUGCGACAUCAUUCCCGAGGCAGCCAUCAACAAGACAUAUUUGCAAACGUUGCUCGAAUGUUUUGUGAAGAGUUUGAAGUCGGAGCCGCGUGUGGCCGCCAAUGUUUGCUGGGCCUUCAUUGGUAUGUCGGAGGCAGCAUACGAAGCCGCAGCUGCCGUUGAUGGCGAGACACCAGAGACAUAUGCGCUGUCACCAUACUUUGAAUUCAUUGUCACCCAACUGCUGGAGACUACAGAUCGCUCGGAUGGAGCUCAGGCCAAUUUGCGUGGCGCUGCCUAUGAGGCGCUUAUGGAUAUGAUAAAGAAUUCGCCGCUUGAUUGUUAUUUGAUUGUGCAGCGCACCACGAUUGUCAUUCUGGAGCGUCUUAAUCAAGUGAUGAUGAUGGAAUCGCACAUUACUAAUCACAGUGAUCGCCAUCAAUUCAAUGACUUGCAAUCCCUGCUCUGUGCCACACUCCAGAGUGUGUUGCGCAAGGUACGUGAGGCAGAUGCUCCGCAAAUUUCGGACGCCAUCAUGGCUGCACUGUUGACCAUGUUCAGCUCGAAUGCUGGCAAGUCGGGUGGUGUGCAGGAGGAUGCUUUUCUGGCGGUCUCCACGCUCGUUGAGCUGUUGGGCAUGCAGUUUGCCAAGUAUAUGCCUGCGUUCAAGGACUUCCUCAUCAUGGGCCUGAAGAAUCAUCAGGAGUAUCAAGUGUGCUGCGCCUCCGUGGGUCUCACUGGUGACAUUUGCCGCGCCCUCAAACAAAUGGUGGUGCCCUAUUGCGAUGAAAUUAUGUCGGUGCUAAUGAAUGAUUUGGCUGAGCCCAAUUUGCAUCGCAGCGUCAAGCCGCAGAUCUUGUCGGCCUUUGGUGACAUGGCAUUGAGCAUAGGCAGCCCGUUUCUCAAGUAUUUGAAUGUCGUGCUGGAUAUGCUGCGCGCUGCAUCCAACUUGCAGGUUGAUGCUUCCACUUACGACAUGAGCGAGUAUAUUCAGGAGUUGCGCGAAAGCGUACUGGAGGCCUACACUGGCAUCAUUCAGGGUCUCAAGGGCGUCGAUCAAACGCCCAAUGCGGAUGUGUUCCACAUGGAACCGCAUCUAGUGCCCAUUAUUGAAUUUAUUAAGCGCAUUGCCCAAGAACGCGAAGUCUCCGAUUCGAUGAUGGCCAGCGCCGCUGGAUUCAUUGGUGAUUUGUGCACAUCGUUUGGACCGCGUCUCUAUCCAUUGUUGGACGAUGCGGUUAUUACACAAUUCCUAGCCGAGGGCAAGCGGUCGAAGGGACCGCGCACCAAAAUGCUUUGCGCCUGGGCUGCCAAGGAAAUCAAGAAGAUUAACAGCCAGGUUAUUGCUCAGUAAUUUACACUAAAUUUCUAUUUUAUAUCCUCUCAGUUCUUUCCAAAAUCGUGUGAGUGUGUGUAUGAUGCCAAACUGUGUGAUGGAAUAUGUUAUAUGGAUAGUGUCUGAAUGAUGAUUGAAGAAUGAAGAGAAUCUUCCUUAAAUGCAAUUUGUGGUGUGAUGUGUGAUAUUACUAAACAUUUAACAUAUCAUAAAAUUCGUUUACGUUAUCAACAACUUUGACAAGGUUAAUUUUUCUAAAAAAAAACAUUAUUAUUGUACUCACCAUUUAAAUUACCCGGAAUGGAUUAGGAUAAUGAAUGGAACUACGAAUGAUGAUGAUGAUAAUUAUUGGGGAUGAAGAUUUGUAUGUCUGUCGCUUUGAAUGACCGGAAUGAUGUCGUCAAUGUGUGAAACGCGAUUAUUGAGAGAUUGCAAAUCGCCAAUUAGGAACCUUGGAGAUUAUGGCUGUGGUAUGCGAACGUGUGUUUUGGAUGAGAGUGAAACUUGAUGGUGGAUGGAUGAUAUAUAUAUAUAUAUUUAUAUAUAUAUAGAUGAGACUUGUGCUUGUGUGAUGAGAUGAGAUAAGAGAGGAUGAUGACAAUUUGAUGUAUUAUUGUAAAUGUGUUGAGAAUGAUGGCAAAAGCAAAAAGUGUAAUCAAAUCGAACUCUUUAAAAUGCUUUUCCUGCACAAAUUUCUACAUUUUAUACAUGCAUAAAUUUUGUAAAUGAAAUAUGUUUGCAUAUACAAUACAACAAAAACUAUACAUACAUAGAGUAUAAUAGAGAGUGUGUGAGACUGUGACUGAGCGAUCAACUGUGUGUACACCAUUCCAGACCCCCCAACAAAUUAAUAAUAUUUAAAGAAAAAAAAAAAACAAGAAGUUUAUAUGGUCGGUCUGAUUGCGUUUAUAAGAACUAGCUUAAUGCAGAAAAUAAUGUGUGUAACCUAGUGUAAUUAGUAUAAGUAAACCUGAUUCCAAUAAAUCUUGACGUGAGUGCGAUAUUCAACAGUGUUGUGUGUUGAGUACGUGGAAGCGUGUGAGUGUGUUCAGUAUGAAUGUGUGUUGAGUAUGCAUGGCUGUGCUUGCUUGUAUGAGAGAUUAUGAGCAAAGCACCACGCGCAGCUGAAUAAAAAACUAAAACAAUAAAUAUUAGUGUACAAUUUAGAUGCAAACAAAAUACUAUAAGACGUGAAAUGAACGAUAACGAUAACGAAACGAAAACAAAUUGAAAAACGUAAAGAAAUAAAGUAUGGUACUGAUUUUAUACUGAGAACUGAGACUUACUACCUUAUACAAAUACACAACAAAAUACUUACACCAAACUACAUAAGGACUAUCAUUAAUUACUUUACGCAGGACGUACAAAACGAAAACUAACAACAACUAACUAGUGAAAUUUACACAACACAUUAUAUAACUACUACAUUACAUAAAUAAAUAUAAAUACAUAACGAGACAUGUAUAUUACAUAACAAAAUAUAAAAAGAAAAACGAACACAAAUAGAAAUUGGCAAUGCUGACGCGCGGUGCUUUAGCCCAAAAUAUACAACAAAAAACUAAGUGUUAAAAAACAAAAGUCGCUAUGGUGAACUUUUGACGGUGUGGUGAAUUCAAUGCGUGUGUUGAAUGCAAGAGAAAUUGAGAGAGAGCGAUCAAGUCAGCGCUUCUCUUUUGAGUUUUGAGUUAAGCAAAAAAUGAAAACUAAACAAGAGGAACACCUAAUUAAUUCGUAAAACUGCUUUCAUGAUGACAAAACUUUAUAGAAUGCAUACUACAAUUGUGUCUAUAUCUUGUAAGCUUUUUCAUUCUAUAUUAAGUAUAAAGUGCGGCUUAAAUGUUCACAAGCAAUGUAUGACUGAUAGUUUGUACGAGUUGAAUAGCAAAAAUGUAAUUGUAUGUUUUGUGUGCAAGCGAAAGAAUAAAAGUAUUUUGAAUGCAAGAAAACAAAAA